CGAACAGGAAGCAUCCAAGUCACGUGACCAGAACGCGACACGCAAUUCCGUCCGCGCAAGUGUUAUUCUCAUCUGGCAGUCAUCAGGCAUCACCGCAUCAAUCACGAAAAUGUCCACAACGCAAGCUGGGUCCGUCUGCAGCAGGAAGUGCGGAGAAUGUGCAACAUGGCUGAUGGCUUUUGACGCUUAAUCGGAGCCUCGAGAGCAAGGAUUGCUACAGUCUGGAGCCAAACGUAAACAACCUGUCUUGCGCGUUCCAUUGGUCGUGGACCUGACCUUAACGCGAAUCACACACCACCAUGCCGCGUCUCGCAGGAACAGGAGCACCACCAACGCCUACUGCGCGUGGCUCUUCAAGGACCACGUCCUCGUCUCCAUCCAAGAGCGAGGAGUCUGCAUUGAUGGGCCCUCCUCCUACCCCUCGAAAUCGCCUCAUGCGCGGUGGCAGCACAACUUCUGCCAUACUUUCAGCCGCACCGACUAGCAGAGUCAGCAACAUGAGCGCUACCACCUCUGCAUCGGCUCCACCAGGGUCUAGUCCAAUCAAGGCAAGAGCUGGUGCAGGGUCUACCAGGGCAUGUGCUGCUUCCUCCAGAGGCUCGACUGCCACCCCGACGGGGGCAAGAUCUCCUGUGAAGAAGGUAUCUAAGACACAGGGCAGAGGAACAAAUGCUUUCAGCAAGGCGGGAAGCACCAACAGCACCCCAAUCAGUAAAGUCAUUGUAUCUUUCCCCAGUGUUGCAGCUGGUAUUUGGGACGGAGCAGAGCCAAUCAAGGCAUUCCUCCGCCUGCGUCCAGCACUCGACGUCAGCCGAAAUGGGGGUGUUGCAGAGCCCUACAUCGAGGUUACGAGUGACACAGAUAUCAUUAUGACCCCUCCUAAAGACAAUGCCUCUGGACAGUCGGCCCAGCGAUCACGCCAAGCUCAACACUAUUCGUUCAACAAAAUCUUUCGACCUUCCAUCUCAGCCUCUCUAUCACCGUCUUCUUCGCAGGCGAUUUUCUUCCAGGAGACAUGUCUUCCCAUGAUCACCGACUUGUUGAACAACGGCCAGAGCGGACUGUACUGCACCUAUGGCGUGACGAACAGCGGAAAAAGCUACACGAUACACGGUGGGAACGGCAAAGGCGAGGCAGGUGUGCUGCCGCGUACGCUCGAUACCAUUUUCAACAGCUUGGACGGGCUGCUUGGCCAGAGCAAGAUUCGGCCUGUUGGCUUGAGCGGAGUGGAACAGCUGAGCGAGGAUGAUAACGACGCCCAUGCCACAGCCCUUAGCAGCGACAGGCCCGACAGACUCGACCCUCUUAGCCUGCCGCCUUUGCGCAAGCGUCUCCUCUCUUCCACUACGGGCUCGCUGAACGAAUAUGAGCGCGAGCAAGCUUCGGUCAAAGUCGAUCGUAACUACCGAUACAGUGUGUGGAUCAGCUACCUCGAAGUUUACAAUGAAAAGCUGUACGAUCUGCUCGACGUCACACCGACAACAGCUGCCGCUGGUGGAAGUGCAGCCUGCGGCAUGAGUCGCAGCGAGAGUGUGCGUGGCUGCUCCGCUACAGGAGCAAGUAAUUGGAGUCUAGCUGCCGCUGCUGCUACCGGGGGCUCAGGUGGUCUUCCGAGUUCGACAAGCAGCGCAGCCGUGUCACUUACGCGCCAUGCUCUGCCGCUCAAGAAUGACAGCGACUCUGCAGGCGACCCUGAAGGUCAAUGCAAAUACGCAGUCGGCCUCUCGGAGCAUCAAGUCUGUUCAGCGGAGGAAGCCCGUGCGCUGAUCAAGCGCGGCGAGCAGAAUCGCGCCGUGUUCGGCACGAUGGCGAAUCGGGUCAGCUCUCGCUCGCACGGAGUCUUUACCGUGCGCGUGAUCCGCGAGCACGGCGGGGAAGUAGGCGAGGCCAUGUACAGCACCAGCCGGAUGAGCAUCGUCGACCUGGCGGGCAGCGAGCGCAUGGCCAACACCCAGCUUACGGACGCUGCUAGGAUGAAAGAGGCGGGCAACAUCAACAAGUCCCUGAUGAACCUCGGUCACUGCCUCGAAAAGCUCAGAGCCAAUCAGACCAAAGCGCAGUCGUUGUCUACAGGCAAUUUUAAUCUAACUGCCAAGCCGGAGGUCGUGCCCUUUAACAGCUCCAAGCUGACCGCUCUACUCAAGACGUACUUUGUCGGUGAGGGCAAGACCGUCAUGAUCAUCACCGCGAACCCAUACGACGGUGGAUUUUAUGAGAACGCACAGGUAAUGAAAUUCAGCGCGACCGUCAAAGAUGUGCAGCAGCUCAGAGGUGCACCGAACGCCAUGCGAGCGGCCAUCCCCAGAAGCCCAACCAAGAUCUCCCUUCUGCCAUCUGCCGAGCAGAACGCAAAGGGCAAGAGCUCAGUACCACCAGUCAGGAUUUCGCAGCUGGCUCAGGCGCAGAUGAUCAUCCCCGACGAUAGCAACGAAGGGGACAUCACCAUCAUCGAAGAGAGUGGCGAUGACGAUGACGAGGCUCAAGAUCCUCUUGUGGACCUUCUCAUUACCAAGUGCGAAGAACUUCGACAGAGGCUCUUUGCAGCCGAGACACGUUGUGCUCAGAUAGAAUAUGAUGUGCGCCAAGAAAUGGCCGAUGAGAUGCAGAUGCGCCUUGCAGAUAUGACAGACAUGUGGUCGAAGCGCAUGCUGGAGGAGGAGGCGAUGAAUGAGCAAUUGAUCAACAAGAAGCUGGACCUUCUCAUGUCUCUUAAAUCGAGCCUUCAUCGCGCAAAUGACAGCAUCGCAGACUCGACGGUCGCGAGCUCCAUCGACCCCACUACCGAUAGCGAGAGCGAUGCGGACGACUCGCUCGUCUCGGCUAUGGGAGGCGUCGCCCUGGCCUCGCCUGACCCGACGCCGCUUGUGCAUCGUAGCACGAUGCCUGCCUUGCUCCCAGCUGAUGACGACGCUGGCGACUCGAUGGAAUUGGGCGAUAGUCCGCUGCUGCGCCCGGGACGUUUGCCUCCGCAACGUGUGGCAAAGGCGUCACCCCCUCUCACCUCAUCCGAUGACAGCCAGGUCGAGUUUGUAUCGGCCGACACUGGUCGCCAGGACACUUCGUCUGCUUCGAUCGACUCUGCAAGCAUCAGCCUCGAUGAGCACGACGAGGCGGAGCACUCUGCUACUGAGUUCGGGGAGGAUGCAGCAGACACAGAUGAUGAAAAGGAAACAGAGCCCCUCGAGUCGAGCCACAGCCACAUCAGCGUGUCCAGUGCAAACAUCAGUAGUGAUGUGGGAGCUUCUUCUCCGCAGGACGAAGAGGAGUCGUCGAUCGACGACAUCCAAACUGAUGACCCGGAGGACGAGUCGUUCGACGCAAACGCCGCGGAAAUCAGUGAUGAUGGUGAAUCUUCAUUCGAAGCUCGAACGGCAGGCAGGCGCAGUCGCGCCAGUACCGCCACCGCCCGGCGCCAAAGCGUUAAGACGCCGCGGGCAAGCAAGGCUGCCAAGGCCCCUGUUGCUGCCGCCAGCGCGCCCUCCAGGAUAUCGACGAACUCGACAGCUAGUAUGAAAACACCGAAGCCGAAAGCCCCGUCCCGAUUUACGAGUCAGCCGCUCGCCGAAUCGAGUCCGUCGAUAGUGAACAAGUCGCCCGCCUCGAUGGCAGCUGCUGCAGAUGUGAGCAUGUCGCUCGACUCGCAGAGCAAUGUCAGCCUCAUCGCGCUGCCGGCCAAGAGCGUUUCGCCCAAGAAGAAGAGGAAACUCCGUGCCAAGUCGGCCGUCGAUGAACAAAUGAUGGUCGAGCAGAUCGGAGACUCGUCCUUGACGGAAGCAGUAUACAACCGCCGAACGCGUUAAUCUCUGCGCGCUGCGGUCAGCAGCCCAAUAUUUCCCAUUAACUUGGCUACCGCAUCUAUCGUGUGUAACAUCGAGUCUCGUCAUCAUGUAGUGGUCCGCA